AGGUUGGAGAGAAACCCAGGUGCUCUGUUGACUGGCACUUUCUGCUACCAUGGGGGAGCUUUUCCGGAGUGAGGAGAUGACGCUGGCCCAGCUUUUUCUACAGUCAGAAGCUGCUUAUUGUUGCGUCAGUGAAUUAGGAGAACUGGGAAAGGUUCAGUUUCGUGAUUUAAAUCCAGAUGUGAAUGUUUUCCAGCGGAAAUUUGUGAAUGAAGUUAGAAGAUGUGAAGAAAUGGAUCGAAAGCUUCGAUUUGUUGAGAAAGAGAUAAGAAAAGCUAAUAUCCCCAUUAUGGACACUGGUGAAAACCCAGAGGUGCCCUUCCCCCGGGACAUGAUUGACUUAGAGGCCAAUUUUGAGAAGAUUGAAAAUGAACUGAAGGAAAUCAACACAAACCAGGAAGCUCUGAAGAGAAAUUUCCUGGAACUGACUGAACUAAAAUUUAUACUUCGCAAAACUCAGCAGUUUUUCGAUGAGGCUGAAUUGCAUCAUCAGCAGAUGGCGGAUCCAGACUUGUUGGAAGAGUCCUCGUCCCUCUUGGAGCCAAGUGAGAUGGGAAGAGGCACACCUUUAAGACUUGGCUUCGUGGCUGGUGUGAUUAACCGGGAGCGCAUCCCUACUUUUGAGCGCAUGCUUUGGCGGGUCUGCCGGGGAAAUGUGUUCCUGCGACAGGCUGAAAUCGAGAACCCCCUGGAGGAUCCUGUGACUGGUGACUACGUGCACAAGUCCGUAUUCAUCAUUUUCUUCCAAGGCGAUCAGCUGAAAAACAGAGUCAAAAAGAUCUGCGAAGGGUUCCGGGCCUCACUCUAUCCCUGUCCUGAGACACCACAGGAGAGGAAGGAAAUGGCUUCUGGAGUUAAUACCAGGAUUGACGAUCUCCAAAUGGUUCUCAAUCAAACAGAGGAUCACCGCCAGAGGGUCCUGCAGGCAGCCGCUAAGAACAUCCGUGUCUGGUUCAUCAAGGUGCGGAAGAUGAAGGCCAUCUACCACACCCUGAACCUGUGCAACAUCGACGUGACCCAGAAGUGCCUGAUUGCAGAGGUCUGGUGCCCUGUCACCGACCUUGACUCCAUCCAGUUUGCGCUCAGGAGGGGCACGGAACACAGUGGCUCCACUGUGCCCUCUAUUCUGAACAGGAUGCAAACAAAUCAGACGCCCCCAACCUAUAACAAAACGAACAAGUUCACAUAUGGCUUUCAGAACAUAGUAGAUGCUUACGGAAUUGGAACUUACCGAGAGAUAAAUCCAGCUCCCUAUACCAUCAUCACGUUCCCUUUCCUGUUUGCUGUGAUGUUUGGGGACUUUGGCCAUGGUAUUUUGAUGACCCUUUUUGCCGUGUGGAUGGUACUGAGGGAGAGCCGGAUCCUGUCUCAGAAGAAUGAGAAUGAGAUGUUUAGCACCGUGUUCAGCGGCCGGUACAUUAUUCUGUUGAUGGGUGUGUUUUCCAUCUACACUGGCCUCAUCUACAAUGAUUGCUUUUCCAAGUCUCUUAAUAUCUUCGGGUCAUCCUGGAGCGUACGGCCAAUGUUCACUUUAUAUAAUUGGACGGAGGAGACGCUUCGGGGGAACCCUGUUCUGCAGUUGAACCCGUCUGUCCCUGGAGUUUUUGGUGGACCAUACCCUUUUGGCAUCGAUCCAAUCUGGAACAUUGCUACCAAUAAACUGACCUUUCUCAACUCCUUUAAAAUGAAGACAUCUGUUAUCCUAGGCCUCAUCCACAUGAUGUUUGGAGUCACUUUGAGCCUCUUCAACCAUACCUAUUUCAAGAAGCCCCUGAAUAUCUACUUUGGAUUUAUUCCUGAAAUAAUCUUCAUGACCUCUUUGUUUGGCUACUUGGUUAUCCUUAUAUUUUACAAGUGGACAGCCUAUAAUGCUAAUACAUCUGAGAAAGCGCCAAGCCUUCUGAUCCAUUUCAUAAACAUGUUUCUCUUUUCCUACGGGGACUCUAGUAAUUCGAUGCUGUAUUCCGGACAGAAAGGAAUUCAGUGUUUCCUGGUAGUGGUUGCGCUACUGUGUGUACCUUGGAUGCUACUAUUUAAACCACUGGUCCUUCGCCAUCAAUAUUUGAGGAGGAAGCAUUUGGGAACUCUCAACUUUGGUGGGAUCAGGGUGGGCAACGGACCGACAGAGGAGGAUGCUGAGAUUAUUCAGCAUGACCAGCUCUCCACCCAUUCAGAGGACACGGAAGAGUUUGACUUUGGGGACACCAUGGUCCACCAGGCCAUCCACACCAUCGAGUACUGCCUGGGCUGCAUCUCUAACACUGCCUCCUACCUGCGGCUCUGGGCCCUCAGCCUCGCUCAUGCACAGCUGUCUGAGGUGCUUUGGACCAUGGUGAUCCACAUCGGCCUUAGCGUGAAGAGCUUGGCAGGAGGUUUGGCGCUGUUCUUCAUUUUCGCCGCCUUUGCCACCCUGACUGUGGCCAUCCUCCUGAUCAUGGAGGGCCUCUCGGCCUUCCUCCACGCGCUGCGGUUACACUGGGUGGAGUUCCAGAAUAAAUUCUACAGCGGAACCGGUUUCAAGUUCCUACCCUUCUCCUUCGAGCAUAUUCGGGAAGGGAAGUUUGACGAGUGAGCCCAUCGUGGGGCUGUGUGCCGGCAGGCUGCCCUCCCCACUCCCUCCACAGUGGUUACCUGUGCUCCUCUUGCCUGUUGGUUGUGUUCCCUGGGUAUCAGGGCGUUUGUGUCAUCCCCGCCACCCCUCCCCCAGCCGCCUGUGAGUCAUUUAGGUAGAUCCGUCCCUCCCUGGGUCCCCUGCCACCGCCACCUUCAUGUGUAGUGUAGAGAGAAGCCGGGCUCUGGCUGUCACUCAUUCCCACUAGGCAGCGGCCUUGCCCUCCCAGCCUCCGUCCAGCCAGAGACAACCCCUUCUGUGUCCCCUGGUGAUGAACAAGUUUGUGCAUUUUACAUUUGAGCCCAAAGCCCAUGGAAGGAGUGCCGUCACCAUCCACACCCAGACUUUGAGCCCCCUCUUCCUGCCACUCUAGUUACUGGUUAGGGGCAGGGGUGGUCUUUAACACACCCCAUUCUUGGGUUAGCAGGGGU